AUGAAGUCUUUCGUUUCUGUUGCUAUUCUCCCUCUCGCGGUUCAGGCCGUGAGGAUCGUUCAGUCCAAUGAUGAUGGAUGGGCAGAGUCUUAUAUCCGCACUUUCAAUGACGCUCUGAACAGCGCGGGUUACGAUGUCGUUCUCUCCGCGCCUGCAGAGAACAAGUCUGGCAGCAGCUCUAGGGAUGAGAAACCCAAGGACCGCACCACAGCGUGUCAGUACGAUAGCUGCCCUGCCAACAGCGGCCCUGUUGGGCACGAUCCCAAGCGUCCUGAUCUCAACUGGGUCAACUCGUUCCCUGUCACUUCCAUGAAGUACGGUAUCGACACUUUUGGUCCCAGCUUGUGGGAUGGCGAGGCUCCUGAGCUUGCUGUCGCCGGUCCCAACGUUGGAACCAACCUCUGGCUUCAAGUUCCCUUCUCUGGCACCGUCGGCGCUGCUUGCUAUGCUGCUCACGAAGAGGGCAUCCCAGCCAUUGCCUUCUCUGGAGCGUCUACCGGAAAUACGGCCUUCAACACUAGCCCCGUUCCCAAGCGCAGUCUCAUCUACGCUGAGCUCGCGACCACUCUCGUCAAGAAGAUUGUCGACUCUGGAAAGCCUUAUCUGCCCGAGGACGUCUAUCUCAACGUCAACUUUGGCAAGGUUGAGGGCAAAUGCACCGAUGCGUCCCAGUUCCAGUGGGUGCUGACUCGCAUCAAUACUGGUCUUCUGUCUGAGCGUGAUACUGAAUGGUGUGGUGAGGAUCGUCUCCCUACUGAGACCGAGAUUGCUCUUAAGAGCGGAUGUUAUGCUUCUAUUAGUGUUGGAGAUGCUGCUGAUAAAACCACUGCUGAUGCUGCGCGACAGAAGGUUGUGUUGGGUAAGUUGAAGGACAUGCUUGCCCACCUAAAACACUUUAGCAACCUCGACUUUUUGCGCUAUCCGAGUAUCACGAUCAAGGGCCGGGUCGCCAGAGCUCUCAAUUACCCCCUCACAAUGGCGCCAAUCGACCGCUGCUUGGCCUCCAUGGCCAGGCUAUCCCUCCUCCAGACUCCUCGGCCGGCAAUUCCCACGAUACCGAAGUUCCUCGCCCCGGCAGCUGCUCAACAAGUUCGACAGGCUUCGGUUGUGAGAAUCAAGAAGACUGGAAAGAAGAAGAAGGCGUUGCCUAAGGACUUUAAGAGACAUAAUUUGGCUAAGAGGGAAUUCCCUCAAUACUCAUUAUGUGAAGCUAUGAGAGUCCUACGAGCUGUUGAAGUUGGACAACCGCCUGCUUCGGUCAAGUACGAAAUUCACAUCAACCUCAAGACCGCCCGAAACGGACCCGUCAUCAAGAAUAGCGUCCGACUUCCUCACCCAGUCCAGAGCGAUUGGCGAAUUGCCGUCAUCUGCCCCGAAGGCAGCGAGAUCGCCCAGCAAGCCACCGCCGCAGGUGCUGUAGCCGUCGGUCAAGAAACCCUCUUCGAAGCCAUCAAAAAGGAGCAGAUCAACUUCGACCGUCUCAUCUGCCACGAGGCCAGCGAAGCAGCGCUCAACAAAGCCGGUCUAGGAAAGAUCCUUGGUCCCAAGGGUCUCAUGCCCAGCAAGCGAAUGCGAACCAUCGUCCCCGAUGUCGUCAAGUCGAUGCGAGACUCUGCUGGUGCAGCUGAUUACCGUGAGAGACAGGGUGUUAUCCGCAUGGCCAUUGGACAGCUGGGUUACUCGCCUGAUCAGCUCAAGAAUAACAUCAAGGUGUUGCUGAACAAGGUCAAGGCGGAGUGUGCGGAGAUUUCAGAGGAGGUGCACAAGGAGGUCCACGAGGUCAUUCUCAGCACAACCCAUGGACCUGGCAUAAGCUUGAAUGGAAAGUUGAAGGAUGCAGAGGAGCAGAUUACCCCCGAGGCAUUGUCGAGCAUCAUGUAA